AUGGAUCACAGAAACAAGUCCAAAGUCACUGAGUUUAUUCUUCUCGGGUUUCAGAAUGAAAAAGACAUAGAAAUUCUUCUUUACUCUGCAUUCCUGCUCAUGUACAUGACAUCUUUGAUUGGCAACACCAUGAUCGUCCUGUUGGUGUGUGGGGACUACCGUUUGCAUUCCCCCAUGUAUUUCUUUAUCGCUAAUCUUUCUUUCCUGGAAGUCGCCAUCACAUCCACUGUGGUGCCAAAGAUGCUGGCCAACACGUUUUCCCUCACCAGAGCAAUAUCCUUUGCAGGAUGUCUCACUCAGUCUUUCUUCUACUUCCUCCUGGGAUCCACAGAAUUUUUCAUCCUAGCCGUCAUGUCCUUCGAUCGAUACGUCGCCAUCUGUAACCCCCUGAGGUAUGCGAUGAUCAUGAACAAGCAGACGUGCAUAUUGCUGCUUCUGGGAUCCUAUGUGGGUGCCUUUCUGUCAAUCUUGGCAUCAUCCAUCUUAACUGCCCCUCUGCCCUUUUGUGGGCCAAAUGUAAUCAACCACUUCUUCUGUGACAGCGCCCCUGUGCUAAAGCUGGUCUGUGCAGAUAUCUCCCUGGCUGAGCUGGCAGACUUUAUCUCCUCUGUUCUGUUGCUCCUGGGAUCCUUGCUCCUGACAGGAGUAUCUUACACGUACAUUGUCAUUACCAUCCUUAGAAUCCCCUCUGCCCAAGGACGCCAGAAAGCUUUCUCCACCUGUGUUUCACACAUCACCGUGGUUACACUUUAUUAUGGAAGCUCCAUCUCCAUCUAUGUCCGCCCAAAGAAGGUCCACGUGAUGGGUGUUAACAAGUUUGCCACAGUGCUGAACACCAUUGUAACACCGAUGCUGAACCCUUUCAUCUACAGUCUCCGAAAUGAGAAAGUCAAAGUAUCCCUGAGAGAUGCCUUCAGUAAAUAUGCAGGAAUGAUAACAAAUUUAAGAUCUUUAUGA